GAGGCUUGUGUGGACACUCUCACGAGUGGGUGAGUCGGUCUUUAUUUGUCAACACAUGUCAAUCUCUUGCACAUUGCUGUCUCAGUCUUCCUCGGUGUACUCGUCCUGCUGUCCAUCCGCUGCUGCUGUCUGUCUCUCAGGCUGGCGGGAUUCCUCAGAGAUACUCUCCACCUCAUCUUCCUCGUUCUUGACCGCUGCUCGCUCUACCUGUGCAGCCCUCUCCUCAGCCUGACACCGACACAGCACACAGAUAAUCAGCAAGGACAUGCCAUUGCUCCAUCCAGUUGUCUGUCUUACCUCUUGGAGCACAGCUUUGACCUGCUCUUUCCGUUCCUCUUGUUCCAUCUGCGACUUGAGCGAAGGCGGGGCAUGCUCGUUGCUAAUGGCGCCAUUCGUCACGUCAACUGGAUCAUCAGAUCCACACACAUGACGAUUGUUCUGUAUCUCUGUGUCAUUUGGUGACUCACCCUUUGCUGCUUUGCGAGGACCGUUUCGCUGCCUGAACGAUGAGAGCAGCGGUGCGUCUUUGUGUGCUUGCUCAAACUCUUGCUGCUCCUCCUCUUCCUCGGCCCUCUGCUGACUGUCGACCCGCGCAGAAUUGACUGAUGCACAGAGACACAAUCACAUCUGUGUGUCUGUCUGUCUGUUUGUGUCUUCACACACCUUGUUCCGUUUGCUUGGUGUCUUGUUCCUGUUGCUCCUCCAGCUCGUUCAUCUGCUGUUGCUUGUCCUGGGCUGCCUGCUGCAUCUCUCGCAGCUCAGCAAUUGCCGGGUCCUCCUUAUCUCUCUGAACCGAGUGAGACGG